AUGGCCCAUCAGCAGCAGUACGAUAAUUACCCGCAGUCGCGCCAGCCGCAGCAUCACGAGCACUGGCAGACACAGCCGGGGCAGCAGCAGGUACAGCCAAGACAACGCGGACAGCCACGGCCGCAAUAUGUACAGCAGCCCCAGCAGAAUUAUGAACGCUACGAGGACUACCAAGGCUAUGACGACCAUGGUGGAUAUCACGAACAGCACGGACACCAGGGAGGACACCAGCAAUACCACGGACACCAGCCACACCCACAGCAGCAUCCGGGCCAAGGCAACCAGUACGAUCCUCAGUACUAUGACAAUGGCUAUGACCAAGGUUCGAAUGGGCAAUGGGACAACGGCUAUUAUGACCAGCAUGACGGAUGGGGCCAUGCUCAGCAACAAGGUGGCUACCAAGACGCUUCUGGCUAUGGUAGGCCGGCUCCACAGCCUCAAGGACGGGGACAAGGACAAGGACGAAGGCCACCCCCUCAGGAACAACCAUACGCCCAGGAGCACUUUCACAGUGAGCGCCAGCCCCGGUCGCCUCCACAGCAUCGGCAGGAUCCCAGAACCAGACCUGCAGAUCCAGGGCUUCGGUCACCCCCAAGCCAGGGACGUGGAAAUGGACAGCCGCCGAAUCCUCAGCAAGGCCGCAGGGGAGUACAGAGACCGCCGGGACUCGAUCGCUCCCUCUUGAACCCUGUGCGGCCCAAGGCCAUGCCUCAAGACAAUCCGUUUCCAACAUUCCCUGCGCAAAAGCCCAAAAAGCCAGGCCCAGCAGCAAUGCCAGUGGAGGCGAUGACCAAGAACAUGGCGCAGAUGAAUAUGAAUGGCGGAGGUUCUCAGAAUAGACCACGGGGAGCUUCCAACAAUCGAGGUCCACCGACGCAGGAGGUGCAACACCGAGGUCAACCGCAAGAUAGGCCAGAUAACAGCCUGCGACAAGACUCAGGACAUUUUGAGGGCAGCGCCCCCAAUCAGAGGCAUCCAUCUAACCAGGCCCCGUCUGGGCAGCGUCCACCUCCAAUGCCUCUACACAACACUCGAGCACCAGGAGCACAUAGAUAUUCUGACCCCACCUCACCCUCACAGCGAGCCUUUGGACCAAAUUCUCAGCGCUCUUUGACAAUGCCACACAGUCAGCAGAGUGGCGGGCAAGGAACAGUACACAAGACUCGAGAGCAAUGGGCUGAGCCGGGCGUUGUAGAUGGGUAUCACGGCCCUGAAUCACCUGCAUUUAUUCCUCCGCGACCUUCAACCGCAGGCGGAACAAGGCACGAGAAUCCUCAAAUGCAACAAAGCCAAAGACCUCCUAUGCCACGGGUACCGCCUACACAACAGCAAUAUCAGCCACAAUAUCAGCCACCUGCCCAAAAUUACCAGGAACCUGUUGAAGACCACCACGGCCAUUUGAACAACCUAUAUGAUGAUUACUAUGACGAUGGCAACGACCGCAAGAGCUUGGCGACUGAAAUAGAUAUGCCAAACUUUGAUGCCAUACCCGACACGGGUAAUAAACAUCGAAGGGGCGAUUCGAUAGAGAACCACCUUUCGCCAAAUACCAGACCACCGCUACCUGGAGGUUCUCAAGUGCCAGGAGAUUCAAAAAUGGUAGGAGGGGUAGCUUCACAUCCGGGCCCGAACAAUGCAUUCCAGAGACAAGCUUCGCGAAGCCGCUCACAGCCAGACCUGCAUGGCGGGUACACAAAUGGUGUUUACGAGAUGCCCGUGGAUGUACCACCUGUUCCUAGACCAUCAAGGGCAAACACAGGUUUUGCAGCUCCAGCUGGACUGCCAAGUGGACCGCGAGCUGGUGGUCAAGGGCCACCGCACAGGCGAACGUCAGGAGACGGCAUGUAUCGUGGACCACCACAGCAGGGCUAUGCGCAAGGCCAGCCACAGAACUUCGAUCCAAGACAUGCGCGCCAACCACCACCGGUGCAUCGAACGUAUUCGGAUGAAUCUGCUUUCUCAGAACCACCGCCCCAUACUAUGCGCAACGUAGCCUCACCUGUUAUGCCUGGGCAUCCUAUUCCUCGGCCAGGCACAGCGGGGCCGAUGACAGGUCGUCCCACUCAUGCACCGCCAAAUCCCGAUGCGCUGCCACCGCAUCCCACACCGAUCCGGCCUGGACUAAUGCAGCAAAAUCAGCAGCAGCAAAUGAGACCGCCUCAAGCGGCUCAGGGUGUCCGACCACCGCCUGUGCGACAGUAUAACAGUGAAGCGGGGCGGGGCAGUCUUGAAAGUCAGAAGUCGAUAGUGCGGCGAGAAAGCGAGGCGCCACACCCUGUAACUUAUGACGAACUGAACCGGCUCCGCAAUGCCUUCAAGUCUAACCCAUCCGACAUAGCCACUGGUAUCAAGCUCGCCAAGAAGCUUGCUGAAGCGUCUAAUGUGCUGGCCGAUGAAGGCGGUACAGCAGACACGCGGACGAGGAACAAGAACCGUGAGAAAUUCAACCUCGAGGCCCAUAAGAUCGUCAAGAAGCUCGUCAAUAUGGGUUCCCCUGACGCCAUGUUUUAUCUUGCGGAUUGCUAUGGCCAGGGGCUUCUCGGCUUGCAGGUCGAUACCAAAGAGGCAUUCAUGCUCUAUCAAUCGGCUGCAAAGGCAGGUCAUGCUGCAAGUGCAUACCGAACCGCUGUGUGUUGCGAGAUGGGCCAUGAAGAAGGCGGUGGAACAAAGAAAGAUCCGCUCAAGGCAGUGCAAUGGUAUCGACGUGCAGCCGCUCUUGGUGACGCACCAGCGCUAUACAAGAUGGGUAUGAUACUCCUCAAGGGACUUCUUGGUCAACAGAAGAACGUCGGCGAAGCUAUCAACAUGCUCAAGCGAGCUGCAGACCGGGCUGAUCGGGACAAUCCGCAUGCACUUCAUGAGCUAGCUCUCAUUUACGAAGCGCCAACUGGCAACGAACGCAUCAUCAGUGAUGAAGCAUAUGCACUGCAGCUCUUCCACCAAGCUGCGGAGCUGGGCUACAAAUUCUCUCAGUUUCGUCUUGGACAGGCGUACGAGUAUGGCUUGCUGGGCUGUCCAAUCGAUGCGCGCACAAGCAUCGCCUGGUACACGAAGGCGGCUGCGCAAGGGGAACAUCAAAGUGAGCUUGCACUUUCUGGCUGGUAUCUCACUGGAACAUCGGGCAUCCUCGAGCAAAGCGACACAGAAGCGUACCUGUGGGCGCGCAAAGCAGCGUGUGCAGAACCUCCGCUGCCCAAAGCACUGUUCGCCAUGGGCUAUUUUACAGAAGUGGGUAUAGGGUGUCCGAGCAGUCUGUCAGAGGCCAAACAAUGGUAUGGAAGAGCAGCUGCUUUUAAAUUUCCCAAGGCGCAGGAACGACUUGAGGAGCUGAAGAAGGGGGGCUCGAAGGCACAGAUGAAGCGUGAGCGUCUUAGUCGGACAAAUCAGAAGCAGCAAGAGGAGAAUUGCACGGUCAUGUAG